UUUCCUACACGAGAGAGAGGAGAGGAGAGGAGAGGAGAGGAGAGGGAGCCUGACACUUUGGUUUGAUCAGCUGCUGACUCUGAGACUUAAGAGUAAGAGAAGAAGUUUGCUCGGAUUGAAACGCAUGAACCCGCCGGCAUGUGUGCACUGAGAGUGAUAGUCUGCAGAACAAUGUGCAGCGUCUCUAAACCUGUCCUGAGGAUGACCAUCCAUAACGGCUCUGUGAUAUCCGCCAGAGAGCGCUCUCAGGUGGCGGGGAACAGGAGAAACACCCUGAGAUGGGACCUUUCUCCGGCUGAGAUCAGGACGGCCACUGACAGCUUGAUUAACAGAGUGAAGAUGGUUUACGAUGACAUUGGAGCGCUAAAGAUAGAAAAUGUGUCUGUUGAAAACACCCUGAAUGCCCUGGCUAAUGCCAAACUGGAGUACGUGUCAUCGCGCCACGUUCUGGAUUUCCCUCAGUACGUCUGUCCCUCCAAAGAGGUUCGGGCGGCGAGUACCGAGGCCGACAAGAAGCUGUCGGAGUUUGACGUGGAGAUAAGCAUGAGGGAGGACGUGUUCGAGCGGAUCACUGCUCUGCAGGUACGCGGCGUCGUCGACAGCAUCACUCUGAAGAACAAGCUCCAAGACGACCUUUUACCUGAGGAGAGGAGGUUCUUAAACAGACUUGUUACUUUAGGAAAGCAGAAAGGAUUGCACCUGUCCAAAGAUAUUCAAGAGGAAAUAAAAAGAACAUCCAAGCUCAUCAGUGAACUGUCCAUCGAGUUCAACCAGAAUCUGAACGAGGACAACACGUUUGUCGUCUUCUCCGAGCAUGAACUGGGCGGGCUGGCUGAUAGCUAUCUGAACGGCCUGGACAAAACAGCAGACGGGCGCUAUAAAGUGACACUGGAGUACCCGCAUUACUACCCGCUCAUGAAGAGGUGUCACAAUCCGGAGAGCAGGAGGAGGAUGGAGACGGCCUUUCACAGCAGGUGUAAAGAGGUAAACACGGCGAUCCUCGAGCAGCUGAUAGAACUGAGAGCAAAGGUGGCAGACUUGCUGGGUUACAGCAGCCAUGCGAACUAUGUGCUGGAGAUUAACAUGGCCAAGAAUGCCCGCAAUGUGUCUGAAUUUUUAGAUACUUUCUAUGAAACACUGAAGCCGAUUGGAAUCAAGGAGAGGAAAUAUAUUCUGGCGCUGAAGAAGAGGGAGUGUCUGAUGAAGGGCCUCCCCUUCGACACACAGAUCAACGCCUGGGACUUGCCGUACUACAUGAACCAGGUGGAGCAGUGCAAGUUUGCGGUGAACAAGGACAAGCUCAUCGAAUACUUCCCACUCGACGUGGUGACAGAGGGACUGUUUGGAAUCUACCAGGAGCUGCUGGGGCUCGCCUUCACGGAGGUGGAGCACGCUCACGUGUGGCAUGAAAAUGUCAAGCUUUAUUCGGCGAGGGACACAGAGACGGGAGAGGAGGUCGGCCAGUUCUACAUGGACCUGCAUCCAAGGGAAGGAAAGUACGGCCACGCGGCGUGCUUUGGACUGCAGCCAGGCUGCAGAGGACCCGAUGGAAAACGCCGGCUUCCUGUCGCAGCUAUGGUGGCUAAUUUUACCAAGCCCAGGAAAGGAUUUCCAUCCCUCCUCCAGCACCACGAGGUGGAGACUUACUUUCAUGAGUUUGGUCACGUUAUGCACGAGCUCUGUUCGAAGACCACUUUUUCAGAAUUCAGUGGCACGCUGGUGGAGACGGACUUCGUGGAGGUGCCUUCACAGAUGCUUGAGAACUGGGUUUGGGAGAAGGAGCCCCUGAGGAGAAUGUCUCGACACUACAAAGACGGCACCCCGAUCCCAGAUAAUCUGCUGGACAAGCUGAUCGCAUCCAGAGUCGCCAACACUGGACUGAUGAACCUGCGUCAGGUCGUGCUCAGUAAAGUGGAUCAGACGCUGCACACCAGCUCUCGUGCGGACACGGCUGAGGUGUUUGCAAAUCUCUGCAAAGAUAUCCUCGGCGUUCCUGCUACACCAGGUACCAACAUGACGGCCAGUUUCAGCCACUUGGCGGGAGGAUACGACGGUCAGUACUACAGCUAUCUGUGGAGCGAGGUCUACUCCAUGGACAUUUACUUCAGUCGCUUUAAAAAGGAAGGCAUUAUGAAUCCAAAGGUUGGAAAAGAGUACAGGAGGGUGAUUCUGGAGGCGGGUGGAUCUGUGGAUGGGAUGGACAUGCUGCAAACGUUCCUCGGACGUAGCCCACGCCAGGACGCCUUCUUUCAGUGCAAAGGACUGACGAAGUCUCAGGAAACAAAAAGUGUGUAAUAUAGAAGGACGCUUAAGGGGGUUUUGUUCACCGUCAAAGCAAGGUGGACAGAAGAAGAAAUAUGUAUUCUUCAGUUGUUUUAUUUAAGUGUUGAUGUUUUUCUACUUGAUUUCUGUUUAUGUGUUUAAAUGUUCCACACUGCACAGAGGGUCGUUGUUAUGAUAUGUACAGGUGGCUUUUUUUAAACAAGACAUUUUUACAGUAAGAGAAGCACAGGUAUGAUUUAUGACAUGAAUGUUGUAUUCAAGUGUCCCAGAAUUUCAUAGCAGAGAUAUUCAAUUAUGUACUUUAUUAAUUAAAGGUCACAUAUCCUCCUCCUCUUCUUCAGUGUAAAUAAGUCUCAGAGCUCCUCAAAACAUGUGUGUGAA